CGUGCCACCACAUUUCUUUCAUGCCUUUUAUCAGCCCUUCUCCACACACACACACACGCACACAAACACACACAUGCACACACACACUCACACACAGACAAACACACACAGACAAACAUACACAGAGACACCACACACACACACAGAGGAAGUAAGAAGUCAGGCGCGGUUCAUAUUUAAUGGCAUUGUUGUUUUGGGGUUCAGGUUUUCGGCAUGGCAGGCUGCAGUGACUGGGUGGAAUGUCUCCAGUUUGGGUUCUACAUUCCCAUCCUCACUGCUGGUUUUCCUUUAAACAUGGCUGCUCUGUGGCAGCUGUUCUUCCGCGUCCGUCGCUGGAACGAAUCCACUGUUUACCUCCUGAACCUGGUGAUUAAUGACUGCCUGCUCCUGCUUGCUCUGCCCUUUAAGCUCAUGGCUUACCACCGCUCCUGGAAACUGGGACACUUUUCCUGCUCACUGUUUGAAAGUUUUGUCUAUGUCAACAUGUACGGCAGCAUCCUGCUAAGUGUGUGCAUCUCUGUGGAUCGUUAUGUCGCUCUGCAAUUCCCUUUCCGGCACCUGCGAUCCAAACGGAAGGCUGUGUGCAUCUGCGCAGUUGUGUGGAGUUUACUGUUUGGGUUUAGUUACCCGGUUUAUGAUUUUCACAGAGACAACAGUAAUGAGUCCUACUGUUUCCAGAACUUUUCCAGUAACACAUGGAAGAAACAGUGGCUCAUUGUGUGUGUGGAGUGUGUGUUUUGGAGCAGCACUGUCAUCAUGGUGCUCUGCUCGGUGCACGUCGUUAAAAUCCUGCACGAUUUACGCAAACGGAAUUCGAAUGAUGCUAAACUGCGAAACAAUAAGAGUGUAAAGAUCGUGCUCAGCAACUUGGUGGUGUUCCUCUUGUGUUUCAUUCCGUAUCACAUCGCUGUGCUUCUUUAUUUCUAUGGUAAACAGAACAGCAUCAGUUUAGACGUCAUCAAUGAGCUGCGGAAAUUUGUUCAUGUCAGUCUUUGUCUCAGCAGCUUCAACUGUCUGGCUGAUGCAAUCUGUUAUUAUCACAUACUGAAAGAAAACCUGCAGAUCGCACAGCAAGAUGCCAGAGCCAACACACUCACACAGCACACACACACUCACACAGCACACACACUUGAAACACACUACGAGGAGCAGAAAAGCACAGAACAAAAAUGUUACACAAAACAUGAAUGUGUACAAAAUGACAGGAUUUACAAUGACACAUAGCUUUUGUGUGUGUGUGUGUGUGUGUGUGUGUGUGUGUGUGUGUGUGUGUGUGUGUGAGGAGUUGGUUUAGGUGAGUAUGGCCACACAAUAACUGGUAUUGAUAAAUGAGAAAUAUUAAAACAUAUUCAUCUGUUCCACAUACACACACGCACACACACACACACACACACACACACACACACACACAAACACUAAUGAACACUGAAAAACAGCAGUGUAUUGAAUGCAACUAUGAUGCUGAAGUGUCCGCUAGGGGGCGACAUUAAUACACAAUCACUUAAUUUAGACACUGCUCUGAAAUUGCAGGGCAAAGUAAGAGGGUAAGGAUGAGGUUUAACAAGACUGCAGUGUCAAAAAUUAGUUGGUGUGUGAACAAGAAGCUGUUCCCAGACAGAAAAAUAACACACACACACACACACACACACACACACACACACACACACACAGCUGCAGUUCUUCUGCUUUGUCUUGUAAACCACUUCCUGUUUAAAUUAAUGUACAUUCUGUCUCUCAGUUUUGGUUUGAAACAGAAGAGAUCAAACAAGUAAACUGAACAUCAGAGCAUCUGAACAUCUGUAUUCAUUACAUUCAUUUAAUGUAUUUUAAAUCUUGUCACAUUUCAUGUACCUUUUUGUGUUUUUAAAUGCAUGAAGACUCAAAGUAUUAAAUGUUUUUUUUUUA